AUGAAACCUAUUCAUCUUCUCCUUCCCGUUACUGCAGCUCUUGCUCAGGAGCUGUGCGAGCAGUAUGGCGUUGUAACGGGCGGCGGGUAUAUUGUCAACAACAACUUAUGGGGACAGGACAGCGGCACCGGCAGCCAGUGUACAACAGUUGACAGCAUCUCCGGCUCUGGUGUCCAAUGGCACACCACCUGGAACUGGUCUGGUGGCGAGAAUGAGGUCAAAAGUUACGCAAACUCCGGUCUGCAAUUUGACCCCGUUCUCGUCAGCGACACUUCGAGCAUUCAGUCCACGGCGGAAUGGAGCUAUGAUAAUACAGACAUCACCGCUAAUGUGGCGUACGAUCUCUUUACCGCCGCGGAUCAGAACCACGAGCUUAGUGGUGGUGACUACGAGCUUAUGAUCUGGCUCGGCCAUUACGGAGGAGCCACGCCCAUUGGCGAACAAGUGGCCAGCGCUGAGCUGGCGGGCACUCACUGGGAAAUCUGGAAUGGCAUGAACGGGGACAUGGAAGUGUAUAGCUUUGUUGCCUCGGACCCGGUUACCUCCUUCAGCGCAGACAUCAAGGACUUCUGGGACUAUCUGACCGACAACAACUCUUUCCCUGCGGACAGCCAGUAUCUGCUUACGGCCCAAUUUGGCACUGAACCAUUUUCUGGUGAGGGUACCUUGACUGUUUCUCAGUUCUCGGUGAGCGUGCAGUAA